AUGGCGCCCCUCUUAGAGGAUAACGCAACCCUACGUAUUCUGCGAGCGGCUGACCAAGGCCGGUAUGGCGUCCUCGCCGUUGUUGGGUACAACCUAGAACAAGUGCUCGGCUUCGUCAAAGCAGCAGAGAGGCAGAAAUCCCCCCUCAUCAUCCAACUCUUCCCCUGGGCCAUGACAUCCUCCAACGGCAUCCUAGUCCACGCCGCGGCCCAGGCCGCCCGCCAAGCCUCUGUCCCCGUGGCAGUGCACCUCGACCACUGCCAAGAUGAAGAAAUGGUCAAGGAGGCGUGUCUGCUGCCGUUCGACUCCAUCAUGGUAGACAUGUCGCAUCACUCAAAGGAGGAAAACCUCGCCAAGACAAAGGAGCUGGUUGCUUACUGCCAUGCACACGGCAAGGCAACGGAGGCAGAGCCGGGGAGGAUCGAGGGCGGCGAAGACGGCGUGUCGGACACGCUUGACUUGGCUGGACUCAUGACGAGUGCUGAGGAGGCGCAGCAGUUUGUGGAUGCGGGAGUGGACUUGCUUGCCCCGGCGUUUGGAAACGUUCAUGGAGAGUAUGGCCCACGAGGCAUUGUUCUAGAUUUCGAAAGGCUCGAACAAGUCAACAAAAUCACAGGAGCCAACAACGUCCUCAUUGCCUUGCAUGGUGUGACGGGCUACUCUGACGCUCUCCUUCAACAGCUGAUUGCGGCUGGCGUGCGGAAAAUCAACGUAAACAAGGAUAUUCUCGCGGGAUACUAUGCGCAUUUGGAGCAAAAAGUGAACAAGAUUCCAUUCACACAAGUAGUUGACGAGGCAGUGGAAAAAGUAGCAGAAGCUUUGGCAAGGCAAAUGGAUGCGGUUGGCUCCAGUGGAAAGGCGUAG